AAAUCCUCUUCGCUUUCUCUCUCCCCCUCGCCCCCUCCCCUCUCUCUCUCCUCUUCUUUUGCACUAACUAAAUCAACACUUUCUCUCUCCUUCGUCUCUGUCGUCUACGCAAUCUUGCUUCGCUUGAAACGAUAAAAUCAAAAAAUAAAUUCAGAUGACAAAAAUUUGAGCAUCAGCAGCUUCUUUUCCACCACCCUCCACCGCCCCAUUACACACAUCCGACGACGUCGUUUUUCUCUUGUCGGCGAUGGCCCACCACCCUCUCCCCUCGCUCGACGGGGUCUCGCCGUUCGGCAAGAUCGACGGCCUCGACCGCGGCGACUUCCGGGAGGCGGCGUACGAGGUGUUCUUCACGGCGUGCCGCGCCUCCCCGGGGUUCGGGGGGCGGAGCGCGAUCGCGUAUCACAACAACGGCUACGAGGAGGCGGGGGACGGGCCCGGGUCGCCGAGGCGGCCCGGGGUCGGGAUGGCGGUGACGAGCCGGGUGAAGAGGGCAUUGGGGCUGAAGAUGCUGAGGCGGUCGACGUCGAGGAGGAGCAACUCGUGCGGGUCGAACCCGUCGUCGCCGGGCUCGGCGGGGAGCCCGAGGGUGUCGCCGUCGGCGGCGGGGGUGAGGAGGCGGCCCAUGACGUCGGCGGAGAUCAUGAGGCAGCAGAUGUGGGUGACGGAGCAGAGCGACAAUAGGCUGCGGAAAACUCUCAUGAGAACUCUUGUGGGCCAAAUGGGGAGGCGGGCGGAGACGAUCAUCCUUCCGCUGGAGCUGCUCCGGCACUUGAAGCCGUCGGAAUUCGCGGACGCGGAGGAGUACCACCAGUGGCAGAAGCGGCAGCUCAAGGUCCUCGAGGCGGGGCUCCUCCUCUUCCCCUCGAUCCCACUCGACAAAUCCGAUCCCUCGGCCGAGAAGCUGAGCGCCAUCAUCCGCUCGGCCGAGGAGGGCAGGCCGAUCGACACGGGCAAGAACUCCGAGACCAUGCGGGCCCUGUGCAGCUCCGUCGUGUCCCUCGCGUGGCGGAGCUCGGACGACGUGUGCCACUGGGCCGACGGCUACCCGCUCAACGCUGAGAUCUACAAGACCCUCCUCGAGUCCAUCUUCGACAUCAGGGACGAGACGCUCGUCCUCGACGAGGUGGACGAGCUGCUCGAGCUGAUGAAGAAGACAUGGUCGACCCUCGGGAUCGACAAGGCGACGCACAACGUGCUGUUCACGUGGGUGCUCUUCGAGCAGUACGUGGCGACGGGGCAGGCGGAGGGGGACCUGCUGGCGGCGAGCCUGACGAUGCUGACGGAGGUGGCGAACGACGCGAAGAAGGCGGAGAGGGAGGCGGGCUACAUGAGGAUGCUGGCGGAGCUGCUGACGGCGAUGAAGAAGUGGUGUGAGAUAAGGCUGGUGGAUUAUCAUGGGAAUUUCGAUGUGGGAUCGGUGGGGCUGAUGGAGAGCAUUCUGCCGUUGGUUUUCUCGGCGGCGAAGAUCUUGGAGGAGGAUGUGCCGAGCUAUAUCACGCCGCAUCAUGAUAAGGGAGAGAUGGAUUAUGAUUCAACUGGGAAUAAGGUUGAUUGCUACAUUCGCUCCUCUUCCAAGAAUGCUUUUGCCAAGAUGGUGGAGGAGCAGAAUGCGGCGAAUAUGGACAGAGACAGAGUGAGUGAAAUGAUGAUCAAACUAGCAAGAGAAACGGAGCAGCUAGCAUCCAAGGAGAAGGCCAUUUUCAGCCCCGUGAUGAAGAAAUGGCACCCCAUCGCCGCCGGAGUUUCCGCCGUGACGCUGCACACUUGCUACGGGGUGCUGCUGCGGCAGUAUAUCAACGGCGGCGCGGCGGCGCACAUGAGCGAGGCCAUCUUGGUGCUGCAGAGGGCCGGGAAGCUCGAGAAGGCGCUGGUGCAGAUGGUGGUGGAGGAUUCCGUCGAGUGCGAAGACGGCGGCAAGGCUAUUGUCAGAGAAAUGGUUCCUUACGAAGCCGACACCAUUAUAGUCAGGCUGUUGAAGCAGUGGAUGCAGGAGAAGCUCAAGGUUGGGAAGGAUAAACUCCAAAGAGCAAAAGAAACUGAAACAUGGAAUCCGAAAUCAAAAUCAGAACCAUAUUCUCAUUCAGCUGAGGAAAUAGUCAAAUUUUGCAAGGAGACUAUUGAGAAUUUCUUCGAAAUUCCAAUUAACGUAUCGGAGAGUUUAGUCUAUGAGCUGACCGACGGCUUGGAGCAUCUAUUGGGAGAGUAUAUCACAUUUGUUGCAUCAUGUGGAUCGAAGCAGAGUUAUCUCCCAACGCUUCCACCUCUAACGCGAUGCAGCAAAGAUUCCAAGUUCAUCAAGCUGUGGAAGAAAGCCGCGUGCAGCGUCGGAACCGAGCAGCAAGACGCCGCCGCCGCCGCGGCGAGCCAGACCAGCACGGCGGAGGAAGGAAACAACCACCCUCCUCGCCCGUCGACGAGCCGCGGCACGCAGCGCCUCUACAUCCGCCUCAACACCCUCCACUACCUCCUCAAGCACCUCCACUCCCUCGAGAAGACGCUCUCGCUCUCGCCGAAGGUCACGCCGUCGAAGAGCCGCCGCUUCGGUGGCAGCCGCCGCCAGCUCGGCGGCUCCUACUUCGACCACAGCCGGUCCGCCAUCGAGGCCGCGUCCCAGCACGUGGCCGAGGUGGCGGCCUACCGCCUCGUGUUCCUCGACUCGAGCUCCGUCAUGUACGGCGGCCUCUACAGCCCCGACGUGGCGGGCGCCCGAGUCAAGGCGGCGCUGAGGGUGAUGAAGCAGAACCUCACCCUCCUCUGCGCCAUCGUCACCGAGCACGUGCAGGCGGCGGCGCUGAGGCACGUGAUGGCGGCGUGCUUCGAGGCCUACAUCAUGGUGCUGCUGGCCGGGGGCAGCUCGAGGAUCUUCGCGAGGGCGGAUCACGCCAUGAUCGAGGAGGAUUUCGAGGGGCUGAAGCGGCUCUUCGGUGAGGGGGAGGAGGUGGAGGCCGAGGCGGAGGCGGUGGAGGGGGUGGUGGCGCUCAUGGGGGAGACGACGGAGCAGCUGGUGGAGGAUUUCAGCAUCUUGGUGUGCGAGGCCGGGGCAACGACGGGGGCAGGGACGGGGGCGGGGGCGGGGGCGAAGCUGCCGAUGCCGCCGACGACGGGGAAAUGGAGUAGGACGGAUCCGAACACCAUAUUGAGGGUUCUUUGCCAUAGGAAUGAUCGAGCUGCGAAUAGCUUUCUCAAGAGAACUUUCCAUCUAGCAAAGAGGAAUGGCUCCCUUUGAAAAUAUUCAUUUUUGUAAAUGUACAUAUAUAUAUCUGCAUAGAGAAUGGAUCCAAUGAGAAAUGAGAAUACAUGAAUAAAUCGAUGAAUCUGACAUGAACAGAUUAAUGUAAUAUAUGAAGAACUGUUCAUGUCAGAUUUGUGAAUUUAUAUAUUCAUGUGUAAUUCUCACUGGAUCUCAACACUAUUUGCGUAUAUGGUAUGAAGAGAAUUCCACUCUCGUUUUCCGAUGUACAACUUGGAGUAUAACUUACCGAUAGAUCUAAAGGUUGUUCA